AUGAAGAUGAGUUUGGAUGAAAUGGUAAAGCAGUCGCUCGUGAUCUGCAGGAAACUUGUUGCAGUUCAGGAUUUCAGGCCACGGGUAACCGUAACAAGCCAUAACGGGCGCACAGCUUCUCUUGACAGCUUCGCACAAGCUGCGACAGGGGUAGAUGAGCCUGGGGAGGGAAUCAGGAUUGCAGCAAAGGAAAUUCCAGACUUCCUGACAGAGGACGAAUGCAAGCUGAUCAUCCAUCUGGCACAGCUGAAGGGGCUGCAGAAGAGCCAGAUCCUACCAACGGAUGACUACGAGGAAGCCAUGGAAAUGAUAGAAAUCAGCCAGAUGGACAUUUUCAAUCUGCUGGACCACAAUCAGGACGGGCAGCUGCAACUCAAAGAGGUGCUGACGCACACCCGCCUUGGGAACGGCAGGUGGAUGACCCCCGAGAACAUCCGGGAGAUGUACACUGCAGUCAAGGCUGAUCCUGAUGGGAAUGGUGUGCUGAGUUUGGAGGAGUUCAAACAAUUGAACAUCCGUGAUUUCCACAAGUACAUGGGAAGCCAGAAAGUGAAGAUGAGUGACUUGGUGCGGAACAGCCAGCACACCUGGCUGUACCAGGGCGAGGGGGCGCACCAGGUCAUGCGAGGCAUACGGCAAAGGGUAAUGCGCCUGACUCGCUUGCCCCCAGAGAUUGUGGAGCACAGCGAGCCCCUCCAGGUUGUGCGGUAUGACCAAGGAGGGCACUACCAUGCCCACAUGGACAGUGGCCCUGUGUUCCCCGAGACUGCCUGCAGCCACACCAAACUGGUCGCCAAUGAAAGUGCUCCCUUUGAGACCUCGUGCCGCUACGUGACAGUGCUGUUCUACCUGAACAAUGUGACUGGGGGAGGCGAAACAGUCUUUCCUAUAGCUGAUAACAGGACAUACGAAGAAAUGUCUCUGAUCCAGAAUGAUGUUGACCUGCGAGAUACUCGGAAAAAUUGUGAUAAGGGCAAUUUGCGAGUGAAACCUCAGCAAGGCACUGCUGUCUUCUGGUACAACUACUUGUCAGAUGGAGAAGGCUGGGUGGGGGAGCUGGACGACUUUGCGCUGCACGGAGGCUGCCUCGUCACCCAAGGAACCAAGUGGAUCGCCAACAACUGGAUCAACGUCGACCCCAACCGGCGGCGGCAGCUGCGGUUCGAGCAGGAGAUGGCGCGCUAUGCCGGAGCCGGGGCUGGGGCCGGAGCUGGGGCCGGGCCUGUGGCCACGUGCCUCCACCCCCACCUCGGGCGGCGCUGCUGGGGUCAGCCGUACACAGCACUUGUCCAGCAAUGA